ACUAUUGAGUGGUGUGCCUUAUUUUUAAUGGUUAAUAUUAAAAAGUAAUAAGGCAACCUUUUACUGUUAAAAUAGAGCAUGACAUUUCUAAUAGUCCUGCGUCAAGAGUUGUCUUCACCGACGUUGAACGAGCAGGCGGGGCAACAGCACAGAGGUGUGUUAGGAAGGGAGCCUUGUGAUUGGUUCUCGUCAACCAUAAAUUCUGUCAUUUAAAAUAAGGACGACUUUAAAACGACAGACUUGACAGAGAACAGAAACAAAACAACUAGGACGCCGCACGUUUUAUUUUCUGAAGGUGAAAGGUCAGUGGUGAAGAUCAGACUAUGAAGAGUGCGCAUCCGCUUCACAUCGUCUCCCCACUUAGAGAGAGUGUGUCCCUCUCUCAGGGAGCAGGUACAGUUGUAUACCUGAAGUUGGAUUCAUGUCAGCCUACAGGCUCGUUUAAAAUCCGAGGCAUCGGUCACUUGUGUAAAAUGUGGGCAGAAACUGGCUGUACUCGAUUUGUCUGUUGCUCAGGAGGCAAUGCUGGCAUGGCUGCUGCCUAUUCCGCACGGAAGUUGGGACUGCCUGCCACCAUAGUGGUACCCAGUAUUACCCCUUCAGCCACUGUGCAGAGACUUUCUGAUGAAGGUGCUGAUGUCAUCAUUCAUGGAAAAUCACUGAAUGAGAGCCUUGAAUUUGGCCAGCAGCUUGUGUCUAACAACCCUGACUGGGUAUUCAUCUCUCCCUAUGAUGAUCCCCUUAUUUGGGAAGGUCAUACCACUCUGGUAAAGGAACUGGAGUCCCAGCUGGAUGGGAAGCCAGGAGCAGUAGUUUUGUCUGUGGGAGGUGGUGGCCUCUUGAAUGGAGUUGUGGAAGGUCUCCGCCGUGCUGGAUGGGAGGAUGUACCCAUCAUUGCUAUGGAAACAGUGGGUGCUCACAGCCUCAAUGCAGCCAUGAAGGCAGGAGAGCUGGUUACACUGCCCUCCAUCACUAGUGUUGCUACCACACUGGGCCUUACACGAGUAUCAUCUCAAACAAUGAAGCUUGUGAGUGAGCACCCUGUUUACUCAGAGCUGGUCACAGAUCAGGAAGCUGUUUGGGCAGCUGAGCGUUUCAUUGAUGAUGAAAAAAUUCUGGUUGAACCUGCUUGUGGUGCUGCUCUUGCAGCUAUCUACUGCAAUAUCAUUAAGCGUCUGCAGACAGAGAAUAAAUUGUCUCAGGAGUUGGGGCCUGUAGUGGUGGUUGUGUGUGGUGGCAACAACAUUAGCAUAGAGCAAUUGCAAAGACUGAAGAAACAAUUGGGAAUGAUUGGCUAGACAAGGACACGUCCAAGGCAACAAAGUCCUUUUUUUUAAUGUAACUUAAUGAACAACCUAAAUUUGAAUUUUGUAUCAAAAUUUUUAUUUAGUAGUACAAUAUUAUUAUAUUUCUAUAAUAACCAGAGUGGUGCUUUUUUUUUUUUUUUUUUUAAACCAAUAUGCUCUUAAAGUAAAAAUUCACAAUUUGUUAGCAGAUCUAGAAAAAGAUUUAAACUAAAAAAAAUGCUGCAUUAGCAUCCAGUAUUGCAUAUUAUCUGUAAUGCAUUAAUAUUCAGCCUCUUGGACCAGUACUGCUACUCAUUUUGCUGCAAUAACUGCUUCAUGUCUUUGCUAGCAGUUUUUCUCAUCUGUAACCCUGAUGAAUAAGAUGAAUUUUAAGGGUUUUACAACGUUUGCAUGGCACUCUUUAAUUCUCUUUAAUACUCUUUAAAAAAACAUCUCAGACUGUGCACUGGUGUCCCUGGUGGUCUAGCAUCUUGAGCACUCACCACUGCGGCCAGGUUCGCAUCUUGGGCAGAGAACCAACCCAGCCACUGAGGGUUCUCAAGGGCAUCCACAGUAUACAGCAAACAUUUUGCACACCUGCUUGGGCUGCCUUUCAUUCCAGAAUGUCUAGCUUGAGUCAAGUAAGGGUUACUAAUUUAGAAAUGUAAGUUAGUCAAGCAUCCUAAAGAAUAGUUAGAAGCAGGUGUUUUAAAAUCUAUGUUGUAUCGAAGUCCUUGCCUAUAAACAUAUUUCAGUGUGGGAUGAAAAUGUUUUCCUAGUUUUCCCAUGUUUGGUGAAAUGUUUGUGCUUUAGAGAUUAUCUGCCUAAUAUAAUGUUUGUUUCUGUUCAUUUUUCUGUAUACAUAGCAUAUACCUGUUUGCAAAGGUUUGGGGACCUCUGGUCAAAUGAUAUAUUUUAUUGUUUUCUGAAGUGAUUAGUAAACCUUAGUAAACCCUUUGUAUCAACCUUUUUAAAAAAAUAAUAAUAAUAAUAUUAUUCUGCAAUGUAUUACUGUACAGUUACUUUGUAUUUGAUGUUGACAGUGAUAAUACUAACAUUAUCUAAAGAAUUUGACCUGUAUCUACAGGGAUUUAUGUACUGUGCAUAAAUACUGUAGGAAGGUGACUAUAACAUGACAUAUACAUUGCACUGAGAUGAGUUUAUGCCGUUUUGCUGGGUUUUUUUCUUCUUGCAUGUUAAUGAUAGCAAUGUGUAAUAACUUGUUACUAAUAAUAAAGUAAUGUAAUACAUAAGUGAUGAGUCGACAAAUA